AUUAGCAUGUUGUCAAAGUACGGUCACCUUGGCUGACAGUAGAGGAAAAUUAUUUAUAUUUUAGAAUCCACGACGCUUUGCAUACGAAAAUCAUCAAAAUAUUGUAGUUACGCUCUAAUUUUGAACGCAUUGAUGCAUAAAUGACAAAGUGUGGUAUUCAAAAAGCGAAAAAUAUGUGUUAUUUGUGUUUAAAUGGUUACGCAGCAACCAAUUUACACAUAAAAAUAUAGCCAGCACCGCGGCCAUCAACAAAAACCAAAAACUACGAUAGAAAUUUGCGUGCGCAAACGGCAAUACUGCAUGCUAGAAAACUUGAAACGUGCAAACCCUCAAAAAUGCGCUCGCCAUUUCCAGUGUAAUUAAUUUAAAAAAAAUUGCAGCAAAAUUGCUGCCGCUGCUUUGCGGUGGUGGUGCAAAAAGAACAUAAAAUCGGUGGCAAGAAGAAGAGCCGCCAAGUGAGAAAAUUGAAAUAAAAAAAUAAAAAACGCAAACCAAAGCAGAGUCAAGAUAAUCAACCGCUACGGAGUGCUCCGAUCAAAAUCAAUUAAUCAUAUCACAUCAACAUAAUAAGAAACGCUCAAUUAUUGCAACGUGCAGUUCAUUGUGUUAUUCGUGCUGCAGGUGCUGCUGCUGCGGCUGCUUGGCGCUUCGCUGCUCAGACGCUGCCAACGCUGACGACAUGCGCGCGUAGAGUUGCCAGCUCUGAAAUAACCAAGGUAGUCGCAUUUCUGGCGGCUUCUAUCAUCACAACACGGAUCGACAUUCUUUUGGACCCAUUUCGUUGGUAAAUUGCCGCAGCCUAUUAAGUUGGCAGCCCUGUUCAGCAAUCAGCGAGGACAACAUUUGCCAGGCAAAAAUCUGCCUUUUGAUAGACGCGUCGUGAUCCCACGGAUCGACGACGCCAUUAACUAGAUAUUUCGUUCGCCCCGUUGUUCAAGAAAAGCUGCCACCAUUCGGAAGAAAAACACUUCGAAUAUGACCCACAAUAUCGGUAUGGCGCCAUAUCGUUUGCCGGGUCCAGCGGGCGGCCUCUGUCCGCCCGAUUUUAAACCUCCGCCCCCGACGGAUAUUAUCUCGGCGCCGAGUAAUCCGAAGAAACGGCGGAAAACAUCGAAUGCGGCCAAUUCGGCGGCAGCCGCUGCUGCAGCAGCAGCAGCUGCGGCGGCUGCCGCUGCCAAUUCCAUGCAACAGCAGCAAUCGGCACCGCCCACACCUCAGGAUCUGUUACCACCGCCGCCAAUGGGCGGCUUUGGUGAUACGAUCGUCGCGUCCAAUCCAUUCGAUGAUAGUCCCCAGGUAUCGGCCAUGUCGAGCUCGGCGGCCGCUGCCAUGGCGGCUAUGAAUCAAAUGGGCGGCGCUGGCGGUCCGGGUGGACACUUUGGACCGCAUCCGCAUUGGGAGGAGCGAAUGGGUAUGGGCAUGCAUCCUCAUAUGCAUCCACAUCAUCCUGGUGCUGGCGGUGGCCCCAUGGGCCAUGGGCCACACGGACCGCAUCAUAUGGGCGGGCCACCACCUAUGCGUGGCAUGAGCCCAUUGGGACCUGGCGUGCAUCCGCAUCCGCAUGGCAUGGGACCUGGCGUAGGACUACCGCCACACAUGAAUCACGGGCGAGGCGGCGGAGUUCCCAUGGGCAGUCCAAUGGGUGGAAUGGCCGGCAUGGGCGGAAUGAGUCCGAUGGGAAGCAUGGGUGGACCAAGCAUAUCCCCACAUCAUAUGGGCAUGGGUGGAUUGUCGCCCAUGGGAGGUCCAAAUGGACCAAAUCCGCGUGCAAUGCAAGGAUCGCCCAUGGGUGGCGCCGGUGGACCGAUGCCCGGGCAAAACUCUCCUAUGAACUCGCUGCCAAUGGGUUCGCCUAUGGGCAAUCAAAUUGGCAGUCCGCUAGGUCCCGGACCUGGACCUGGUCCUGGACCCGGCCCGGGUGGCCAACAACAGCCUGGACAACAGCAACAACAACAACAGCAACCACAAAACCCGCAACAGACGCACAUGAAUAAUGGACAAAUGGGUCCGCCGCCUCUGCACAGUCCGCUGGGCAAUGGACCAACGAAUCACAGUCAUAUGUCCGGCGGACCAGGUCCGGGGCCAGGUCCUGGGCCGGGUGGCUUAGUCGGACCUGGUGGCAUGUCGCCGGCGAAUAGCAACAACAGCAACAACAACAGCGGUAACAUGAUGGGCGGCAAUGCAGUGAACAACAAUAGCAAUAGUAAUAACAACAACAACAACAACAAUGGCAGCAACAAUCCCAACAGCAACAGCAACAACAAUCAAAAUCCUCAUCCACAUCUGUCGCCAGCGGCGGCAGGUGGACGUCUGGGCGGAGUGCCCAAUCAAACAAUGCAAUCGAAUGGUCCAAUGCCAACGUCGUCAGCGUCAUCGUCUGCUCCAUCAGCAUCCACAGCGACGACGACGUCCACAGCGGUAACAGCGACCACAUCAGUGCCUACGUCCUCACCAGCGCCGCCCGCCAUGUCACCGCAUCACGCGUUAAACAGUGCCGGUCCCAGUCCGGGCAUGCCUAAUGCGGGGCCCAGUCCGUUACAAUCGCCGGCGGGCAACAACAACAACAAUAAUGGACCCAUGAUGGGCCAGCAAAUGAACCCAAAUGUUCCUAUGCAGCAGCAGCAACAACAACAACAGCAGCAACAACAACAACAACAACAACAACAGCAACAACAGCAGCAGCAGCAGCAACAACAACAACAACAGCAGCAACAUGGCCCCAUGGGCGUCCAUAUGGUUGGCCAGCCAGGCGGACCCGGUGGACACGGACCUGGGGGUCCCAUGGGCAUGGGCAUGAAUCAAAUGUUGCCGCCACAACAACCACCACAUCUCGGUGGACCACCGCACCCGCAACUUAUGAAUCAUCCGCACCCGCAUCAUUCGCAUCCAGGCGGUCCACCGCCUCACCAUAUGAUGGGACCGGGCCCAGGCAUGCAUGGUCCAGGUGGUAUGCCGCCUCACAUGGGCGGCGGCGGUGGCGGUAAUCCGCAUAUGAUGGGACCACACGGGAAUGCUGGGCCACAUAUGGGUCAUGGUCACAUGGGUGGUGUACCGGGACCGGGUCCAGGACCAGGCGGCAUGAAUGGUCCACCACCGCAUCACGGAAUGCCAUCUCACCAUGCACACACACACCCACAUCAUCACGGUCACGGGCACAGUCCCAUGGGUGGGCCAAACAUGUUUGGCGGCGGCGGCGGCGGUGGGCCUAUGGGUCCGGGUCCCAUGGGCAAUAUGGGUCCCGGUCCAAUGGGCGGUCCCAUGGGCAACAUGGGCGGUCCUAUGGGAAAACCCAUGACAAUGAGCGGUGGCAAAAUGUAUCCACCGGGUCAGCCAAUGGUCUUCAAUCCUCAGAAUCCUAAUGCACCGCCCAUCUAUCCAUGUGGCAUGUGUCAUAAGGAGGUCAACGACAACGAUGAGGCAGUCUUCUGUGAAUCCGGUUGUAAUUUCUUUUUUCACAGAACCUGCGUGGGUCUAACCGAGGCGGCCUUUCAAAUGCUCAAUAAGGAGGUGUUUGCCGAGUGGUGCUGUGACAAGUGUGUGUCUUCCAAGCAUAUACCCAUGGUCAAGUUCAAAUGCUGAAGAGCCACCAAUCAACUGCAACAACGAUUGUAACCACAAAACCAACAACCACCACCAGCUAGCACUCAUUCACUCUGUAUAAAUAUAUCCAAGCAUUAACUAUUUUAAUUGUAGACUUUAAGCAGUUUAGGCUAUUCACAUACAUCAUACACAAUAUAUGCGCUCACAAUAGUCAAAGGUCCCCAACGAAACCAUCAAUUUAAAUGCGACGACUCACUUUAUAUAUAUAUAUAUAUAUAUAUGUAUAUAUAUACCUAUAUCUAUAUAUAUGGCCGAAGCCGUGUUGUGAAUUUUCGCUUCGGCCAGGCUCAAUGUGCGCAUCCUUAAAAAACAAGAAGCGAGAAGAGAAAUCAAACCUUAAGAAGAAGUUAAAACAAAAUCUGUAUGCUAAUGUAAUAUAGUAUAGACUAGUAUACAUAUAUAUAUAUAUAAGUAUAUAUAUAUACAUCUAUAUCUGCAUGGCAUAUGAGUCGAGGCGUUGUCUGCCUAGAAAGCGAGAUAAGCGUAACGGAAAUGGAAAAAAAAUGAAAACAAAAAGAAAUGAAUUGAAAUACACACUGAAAAAUGGCGAAUGAUACCGUCGAAAUUUGUAUAGAUGAUAACGAAAAGCAAAUAUCAAUAUACUCCAGUGUGUAUUAAAAAAAAAAAAAUUAAAAAAAAAAAAAAAAAAAAAAAAACAAAUCGGCAAUUCCAAGAAGGAGAAAGAGAAAAUACGUUAAUGUGUUAAGCUGAAGGAAAAGGGCCAGAUAAGACCAGACAAUUGAUUUUACAAUUUGUUUUCGAAUUAUUAGAAUUUUAAGUGUGUGGAAUGCAUGCCUAUGCGACACAAAUAUAUAUAUAUAUAUAUAUAUAUAUAUAUAUAUAUAUAUAUAUGUAUGUAUAUAUAUAAAGAUUUCUUAAACACUAAUUACCGAUCUGACAAUGAGCAUUCAAAUUGUAACGUACAGCAAAUUUCGAAGUGUCUGAAAAGGUCUUUCGUGUGGUGUUUUUUUACACUUGCGUCAAUUUUGCAUCAAAUUUUAAACAAAAAUCAGAAACAAAAUAUAUACAAAAAUAUUGAUUAUGUAUGCUAAGCUAAAGAGUAUUGACGUAUCGAUUGAACUGAAGAGAAAUUGUAUUUACAAAUAUUAAAGAUCGAGGAAGAGAAACUGAAAGAAAUGCGAGUGAAAUCGAUUGAGAACAAACAAAAAAGAUAUAUAAAUAUAUAAAUAAAUUUAAAAAUAAAAUCAAGCAAAAUACAAAAAAUCAAACAAAAUAAAAAAAUAGGAAAGCACAAGAAAUUAUUAAGUGAAUGCAGCAAAACAGAAAUAAUUUAAGCAUAAACAGUUAACGCGUGAAUUCUGAAUGAGAAAUUGUAUAAAUUGCAACCUAAGUUAUUUAUAAUUAAAUAAAAAAACAAAAAAUACAUACAAAAUA